CCCGCCGCCCCGCCCCCCCCGCAUCGGCGAUCUCAGCAGCUGCGCUUGAGCAUAACAAAGAAAUCUGGAGAAAUGGAAUGUUACUUGAAGCUUAUUUAAAUCUAAAAUUUCCAUCCAAUGAAUUUCAGUUCGAAUUUUUAACAUUGUAUGUAUUUUAGUGGCACUAGAGCUGAUGCACUUAGUCGUCAGUCCUCAUAUCAGAUUAGAAUUAAACAAACACAUCAUAUUCGCUUGAGUGGACACACUCAGUUUUCGAAAAGUUACAGGCUAAACUCAAGCAGUAAAACUCUAGAACAAAACUUCUUCAAUAAACAAAGCUCGAAUAGCCAUUAGCUAGCGCCACUGAACUUCAGAAACGUUGAUUACUGCCCUUCAUAUGAUUUCGUCCAGCACAUCCUGUUACAAAAGUUCUCUUUAAAUAGUGAGUCAAGGGACGGAACAUGACGAGCCCAUCUCGCUCGAAAAUUUUUAACAGAUUCUUCGAAAGAGUUAAGUACCAGAUCUCUUAAAAAAGUACGACAUUGUGAAGUCAGAGCGAGUGGAGAAACUGAAAAUAAAAAGAGAGCCAUUCUUUCGACCCUACCCGCUAAAUUUAGAAAAUAACGAAUUUUUUCUAUUUUGUUCGUCUAGUUUCACACCCGACUAGUCUAAUUGGUUUGUCUUUUUGUUGACUCGACCAAAAGAUUGAAUAUACUUCAAGAUAUAUAAAUACGAAAGAAAAACAAACUAAAUAAACGUUUCAGUAUUUUGGACGUAAAUUGGACGCGUUUAGCAAUGGUUGUAAGUAUAAAUGAUGCUAUUUUCUGUGGAUAAAUCAAAUGAGAAGAUCCCGACGAAAGAGUUACGAGAAAGAUUUUAGUAACAAAUUAUACAAGCAUAGGUGACUAUAUUCGGUAGGAUACAUUUGAAACGACUACUUUUAAGUUGCAAAGUGAGUGAUGAAGUUAAAAACAAGUCGAACUACUAAGGAAUGAUUGCAAGAGAUCAGAGAUAUAUUUCAAUUGAACUGAAAAAGGAUUUCUAAAACACUUUAAAAAUGCUGUUUUGAUAUCGGUCUGGAAUAUGAUUUUGUUUUAGUAAAUUGCUGAGAUGAAAAGUCAAUAUAGCAUUAUAAAAAAAACACACAUUUCACUCUGAACACCUGAUAGGCCGAAAACAUUCGAAUUCUUCCUAAUGAGUUUAAGUUUUGAAAAACUAAAACUGUGAGUGGAAUUUGAUAUCCUAGCAAACAACUCUGUAUACUUUAAAAAUACUUUUAAAAUCUUUAUGUAUAUCUAUAGAGUAUCAAUUCCCAGUAUCCAUUUGUCGUACUACCAACGUGUAACUUAUUCAUUGGUAAUUUGUCAACACGAACAACAAGCGAUCAUUUACAACAGAUAUUUCAAAAAUUUGGUCAAGUUAUCGAGUGUGUUAAAACUUGUAAUCAGUAUGGAUAUGUUCGUUUUCAAAGAGAAGACCAAGCGAGAAAAGCAUUGAUUGUAUGUAAUGAAAUAUGUUUAGAUGGAUACAAGAUGCAUGUUGAAUACGCGCAAAACAAUAUUCUUAUUAAUCCUUUGUGGUCGUCAACAUCACAAAGUGUGAAAGAGGCUACAUAUGCAUUACCACAGAUGUACAAUACAACUGGAACCGUGCCAAAACGCUUUGAGUUUGGUUUAUCUAUUGUAAAUAUUCAUACAAAUGUUAAAACAUUUGAUUUAUUGUCAUAUUGUAAUUAUUAUGGUCUAGUUAAAUAUUGCCGAAUAACUGAUAAAAGGGUGGGAUUUGUUUCAUUUAAUGAUGAUCAAUCGACUGAUGCUUUCUUACGAAAUAAUCCACAUCUUCUGAAUGGUCACCAAAUGUCAGCUACAUUUAGACGAAAAAAAUUUCCAAGUAAAUAUAUUGUUCCUCAACGUUUAUUUAUCAGUAGAUUAGAUCCAUUACGUGUGACGAAGAAAGACUUGAGAGAAUAUUUUGAACAAUUUGGUGGACAAAUAAUAACUAUAGACAUAAUCACACAAACUGGACAUGCUUUUCUAACAUUUGAGUAUGAUCGCUAUGUACGAAAAAUAGUUGAUAUGCCCAAUCGUCAUUGUGUUAAUGGUACAUUUUUAUCAGUUAAUCGAUUUGUGUUAUCAAAAUACAGAAUGGUACAAAAGAUGUGGACGACAUCGUCUGGAAAUAAAAUAGAUUACAAUGCAUUAUUAGAAAAAUACGAAGCACUAAGAGAAAUGGAAGAUAAAUGUGAUGUUAGUUGUCAAACAGACGCUGUUGUAGAAAAAGAAACCGUAAACAUGUAUCAGAUAGAAAGAUUUAAUUAUACAAGAAUGGAUACAACUAGUGAAGAGUUGACAGAAAUGGUGUCAAAAAUGAAAGAUGACAAUGCUGAAUUGAAAUGUAUAAUUAAGAAUAUGGAUGCUGAAAGUAAAAUAUUGGUUAAGAAAUUAUAUAAAACUCAAACUGAAAUUGAUCGACUAAAAUUAAUUAUCAAAGAAUUGUUCGAUGAAUAG